CUUGAUCCGAUUAAGUAGGAAGAGGAAGCGAUUUUGUUAUUUGUUUUGUUUGGGCUUUGUUUUCGUUGCGAACGUAAAAUGGGCACCGCUUACGGCUUCGUGUGCUUUUUGGGACUCUUUGGUACUAUGGUGGCGACGUCGUCGGACGUGUUUGACAGCGUGUUGGGAAGCACGGCGUCCUGCCAUCGUUCAUGUGAAAUGACAUACACUUUACACACGUACCCGAGGGAAGGGGAACUCUACGCUUGUCAGCGAGGCUGUCGGUUGUUCUCCAUUUGCCAAUUUGUUCGUGAUGGUAAAGACUUGAAUCGCACCACAGCUGACUGUCAAUCAACCUGUCACGAAGCCUACACCCAUGUUAACGAGCAGUAUGCGUGCAACCUGGGCUGCCACAGCCAGCUUCCUUUUGCCGAACAGCGCCAUGAACAGCUGGAAGCUAUGGUGCCGAAGAUUCACUUGCUCUUCCCGCUGAUGUUGGUGCGAGGCUUCUGGGAGGACAUGAUGAGUCAGGCGCACAGCUUCAUCACCUCCACGUGGACUUUCUAUCUCCAGGCCGACGACGGCAAAGUGGUCAUUUUCCAGUUUGAAACAGAGCAAGACGACGACCAGGACGUACAAAAGAUGAUCUCUGAUGAAAGCAGCCCCAUUUACAAAGACUACCAGCGCACGCUCAUCCAAGAGAGGGACCGUGACAUGAGCGCUGACAGCAGCUACGACUUCUUCAGCUGCCUCUCAAGGAAUCCCCGGCUGCCGGGCUGGAUUCUCACCACCACCCUGGUGCUGUCCGUGCUGGUCCUCAUCUGGAUCUGCUGUGCCACUGUGGCCACCGCCGUCGACCAGUAUGUGCCGGCUGAGAAAUUGAACAUCGAUGGUGACAGGGAUUUCCUCACCGAGCAGAAGCUCAAGCUCAUUCCCUAUCCGGCGUCCUCCCUGCUUGUCAUCACCUCCAAAGGGCCAGGAGCAGAUGACGAGGAGGCAGGGCCUCUUCCUCCCAAAGUCAACCUCAGCCAGUCGGACAUCUAAAAAACGAAAUCUGUCAAGAGUGGUGAGGUAACUUUUGAUUCCACUUGUGUGUCUUGUGCAAUAAGAGAAACUUGUAAAAUGUUUCUAUAAUUAAUUCCUUUUGACCCUUUCAAUGCUUUUCAAAUGGACGCAUUAUGGUUCUAUAAUGCCAGUACAAAACUAAUAGGUUUGGGGUCAGUGGCUGUGCUUAUUUUAUUAAAAAAAUGGUGUGACUUUGAGGUGCUUUCAUCCUGACACUCAACACUUUUGUGAUAUAUGCAAUGCGGUAGCCAAACUCCCAACUUUAUGUUCUCGUGUUCCCACCGCUGAACUCUGUAGAUGACAUCAGAGUUUAACAAUAAAAAGAUUUCCUCUUAAUUCAA